ACGGCGGUAGGCAACGCCUCCCCAUUCCCUGGCCGCGGAGAUACCCGCGCACGCGCACAGCCGUCCUUCGGGCCCGUGAGCCGGGUGGAGGGAGGCGGGGCUCCCAGGGCGCGUGCGCGGGCGGCCUGGGCUGUGAGCCCCUCCCUUGGCGGGGGCGCGCAGCGAGGAGGACCGCACGGAAAGGGGGAAGUCAGGUGCCCGCUACCGCCGCCGCCGCUACCGCGGUUUGUCGCCAGAAGAAAAAUGGCGGAUCUGGAGGAGCAGUUGUCUGAUGAAGAGAAGGUGCGCAUAGCAGCCAAGUUCAUCAUUCAUGCUCCUCCUGGAGAAUUUAAUGAAGUGUUUAAUGAUGUUCGGUUACUACUUAAUAAUGAUAAUCUUCUCAGGGAAGGAGCAGCCCAUGCAUUUGCACAAUAUAACUUGGACCAGUUUACCCCAGUAAAAAUUGAAGGUUAUGAAGAUCAGGUACUGAUAACAGAACAUGGUGACCUGGGAAAUGGAAAGUUUUUGGAUCCAAAAAACAGAAUCUCUUUCAAAUUUGAUCACUUAAGAAAGGAAGCAACUGAUCCAAGACCAUAUGAAGCAGAAAAUGCAAUUGAAUCAUGGAGAACUUCAGUAGAAACUGCCCUACGAGCUUAUGUAAAAGAACAUUAUCCGAAUGGCGUCUGCACUGUAUAUGGUAAAAAAAUAGAUGGACAGCAAACCAUUAUUGCAUGCAUAGAAAGCCAUCAGUUUCAAGCAAAAAACUUUUGGAAUGGUCGUUGGAGGUCAGAGUGGAAGUUUACAAUCACUCCUUCAACCACUCAGGUGGUUGGCAUCUUGAAAAUUCAGGUUCAUUAUUAUGAAGAUGGUAAUGUUCAACUAGUGAGUCAUAAAGAUAUACAAGAUUCCCUAACAGUGUCUAAUGAGGUGCAAACAGCAAAAGAAUUUAUAAAGAUUGUAGAGGCUGCAGAAAAUGAAUACCAGACUGCCAUCAGUGAGAAUUACCAGACGAUGUCAGACACUACUUUCAAAGCCUUACGUCGGCAGUUGCCAGUUACACGCACUAAGAUUGAUUGGAACAAGAUCCUUAGUUACAAGAUUGGAAAAGAGAUGCAGAAUGCAUAAGAUGAACAUUGCAUGACCGGAUCAUUUUAGUGUCUUUGCGUUAAAAAAAAAAAAUCAUUGCAAAAGUAUUCAAAACUGUCAAGCUACCCAGUCAGAGGGCUGUUGCCAUUUAAAAUCACUGUAAUUAAUUAGUUUGGUUAGAGCACAAAGCUUAGCUAAUCAACCAUUUUUUUUAAUUUCUUUUAUUCAGAGAAAACUGAAAAUCAGUUUAGUUUAAAUGUCUUUUACUUUCUGUUGUGUCUUUCUUUCUUACAAUGAAGACAUGAUUCCUCUAGUUUAAUGUCAAAAGUUUUUGAAGUGUUUCAAAAAAUGUUUUACUUACCGUAACCCUAAAGUUGUUGUCUUUUGGUCUAUGAAGUGGGUAACUGUUGCUCUUUGCCCAGUCCUUUUUAAUGGGGUCAAUAAUGGACAUUCUAGUAUAAGGUGGUUGAUGGAUUUAGCCAUAUAUGCUGCUAAAGAAAUUGUCUACCUUUCCCACCUCACCUCUUUCAUUUAUGUAAGAUUGAGAUUAGAGGGAAAGCAUUUUCUAUUAUCAAUUGUGUUUAAACCUUCAAGACGGUUAUUUAGCUAGCUUAGUGUUUAACUGAACUUUUUUUAAACAAGGCCAAGGUCUAAUGCUGUUUUGAGAUUCUGAAUUAAAUGAAAAUUCUUAUUUCAGAAAUGCAUUUAAUGCUUUUUUUUUCUUGUGACAGUUAUGCAAAUUAGCUUGGAUUCCAUAUGUCCCUGAGUUAUUUUUAUCAUAAAGCCACAAAUGUAUUAUAAGGCAAAUUGUAAUAUAUAUAAUCCUAAACUCA